AUGAGCGAAAGCCUCGUCCUGCCGCUCUCUGCAGCUGCAGUGGCCUUUGCAGGGCUUGCCACGCUCCCCGGUGCUUUUUCCUUCCUCAGCCAGGCUCGCAAUCGCACGCCCAAGGAUAAUUUCUACGAGGACGAAGACGGCAAGAGCACUCCGGAGGCUGUUGCCGCCUUUUCCAACAAGGGCCCCAAGACCGCAGUCGUUCUCUUCGCGGCGCUCGGCUUCGGCCUCAUCACCGCCGCCUCGGUCAUCGCGACUCUCGGCGACGCCAAGCAUGGCUUGUUACUCGAGUCGUGGCUCCUCACCGGUGCCUGGGGUGCUCUCCUCGCCCAGGCCAUCUUCCUGGCCUCCCAUCACUCGCCCGUGCGAACGCACAAUCUAGGUCUUUGGGCCUUUUUUUCCAGCCUCUUCGCCGCAAUCGCAGCAUCAUUUCAAAUACUGAGCGUCGGCCAGCACGUCCAUGUCCGCGAUGACGUCCCCUUUAUUCUGCGCAUUGUCAACUUUGGCGCCAACAUUGCUCUCAUGUUCGCCUCCAUCUCGAUCCCCCGACGACCUCAGGUCUACUACAAAGACAAGCUUGUCAGCCCCGAAUGGACGGUCUCGACGAUAAACAGGUAUACUUGGACUUUUGGUGGAAAGAUUCUGGCAAUGGCCCGCAAGAAGGGCGAUCUUGACGGAAAAGACAUCCCGCGACCAGACAGCCAGAUCCGGGCCGAGAACCUCGUUUCCCGAUGGAUCAGGGGCAAUCACACCGGCAGUCUUCUGCUCUCGCUUUUCCGCGCCUACGGUGGCCGGUUGGCGAUUCAAUGGGCGGUUCUUCUCUUCCGAUGCUGCCUAGGCAUCGGUCCAUUCUGGGCCAUGCUGCGACUCGUGCAGGCAUUGGAGCACAAGGAGGAGGCGGACAAGACACAACUUUGGCUUCUCAUCCUCUGCAUGGGCGUCUUUACGAUGGCAGAGCAGUGGAUCGACGGUUGGAUUGUGUGGUUCUCCAUCACCAGACUGUGCAUGCCCAUCCGAGGCCAGCUUUCUGCUCUCGUCUUCAACAAGUCGCUGAGACGCAAGAACGUCAAGUCGGCCGACAACGCCAAAGACGACGACAAGUCUGGCGAGGAUGGAAAGAAGGACGACAACGAUGACGACAAGGACAAGGACAAGGACAAGGAUGACAAGGAAGAGUCCAGCGUGUUGAAGUCGCGCCAAGCCAUCGUAAACCUGGUUGGCGUGGACUCGAGGCACAUCGCGGAAUUCGCCAUGAUGCAGUUCUUUCUCAUCAACAGCGUGGGAAAGCUCAUCGUCUUCUCCGCCUUUCUCAUUCAACUCAUCGGCUGGCUUCCCUUCGGUGCGGGCAUUCUCGCCUGGGCCCUUGUGCUCCCCGUCAACACAUACGUUUCCAAGAUAUACAUGAAGGCCGAGGACCAGCUCAUGAAGAACCGAGACAACAAGCUGGCCGUCGUCAACGAGGCCCUGCUCGGUAUGCGCCAGAUCAAGUUUUCCGCCAUCGAAGGCCAAUGGGAGAAGAAGAUUCUCGAGAUGCGAGAGGCCGAACUUCGAACGAUCAAGAGGGUCUUCACCGCCGACUCCGUCUUGUUCUUCUGCUGGGUCACCAGUCCUAUCCUUCUCGCGGCCGCAUCCCUCGCUACGUAUGCUGCUAUCCAUGGCAUUCUGGCCCCCUCGGUUGCGUUCGUCAGCGUGGGUAUUUUUAAGAGCUUGGAGGUGUCGCUCUCAGUCCUCCCCGAGCUACUGGCUGGCGGUAUGGACACUUUGGUAUCUGUCCGACGAGUCCAGAAAUAUCUCGAUGGUCCCGAGAUCGAAAAGGUCGUUUCCGAGGGACCCGACGUCGCCUUCGAAAACGCAUCAAUUGCAUGGCCGGUUGAUGGCGAGGUCCCCGAUGAGGAUCGAUUUAUCUUGAACAACGUCAACCUGUCAUUCCCAGAGGGUGAGCUGUCUGUCAUUUCAGGAAAGACAGGAACCGGCAAAAGUCUCCUCUUGAGUGCACUGCUCGGAGAGGCUGACCUGCUUGAGGGCUCAAUCUACAUGCCCACGACUUUGCCGCCUCUAGAGCGAAACGACGGCAAAGCCCACCCCGGUAACUGGCUUCUUCCUGGCUCCGUUGCCUAUGUCAGUCAAACUCCAUGGCUGGAGAGCGCCUCUUUCCGAGAUAACAUUCUGUUCGGCUUGCCAUACCUAGAAGACCGCUAUAAUACCGCACUUGACGUCUGCGCGUUGAAGAAGGACCUCGAAAUCCUACCAGACGGCGACCAGACGGAGCUUGGCGCCAACGGUAUCAACCUCAGCGGCGGGCAGAAAUGGCGUGUCACCCUGGCCCGUGCCAUCUACUCGCGAGCAUCCAUCCUCAUCAUGGACGAUAUUUUCAGCGCUGUCGAUGCACACGUCGGUCGCCAGAUUUUCGAGAACUGCAUCUCGGGCGACAUCUGCAAAGGCCGCACUCGCAUUCUCGUUACCCACCAUGUCGGUCUCGUUGACUCCCAGACCAAGUACAUCGUGGAACUGGGUGAAGGAACCGUCCUUCACAGCGGCCUCACGUCCGAUCUCGCUGAGGAUGGCACGCUUCAGAAAAUCAAGAGCCACGAGCAGCCUCAAGUGGUAAUCCAAGUUGAUGAAAAUGGCGACGGGCCAACGGCUGUGAACUCGGAGGAAACGUCUGUGCUGGAACCCACAGAGAACGAAGAAUCGACGGUCAACACGUUGCACAAGGUCCCUUCCAAGACUGGCAAGAAGUUUGUUGUAGAUGAAGCGCGUGAAAAGGGCAUGGUCAAGAAACAUGUCUACGCCACUUACAUGAAGAGCAGCGGUGGCUGGUUCUUCUGGGGCGCUUGUGCCAUCCUCUACGUUUCGUUUGAAGGCAUGAACCUUGGACGUAACUGGUGGCUACGCAUUUGGACCGACGACCAGGAGGAAAGCGUUGCCAUCUCCAGCUCUGGGCAUCAGCACGGCAUGGCGUAUGGCGUUUCGCUGCAGCACAGCACCAUGCAUGCUGCCUCUCACAUGCAUGUCUCUGCACAUGAGCACAAGUCGCUGUCCUUUUAUCUCGGCGUAUACAUUGCGUUAUCCGCUUCCAGCGCUAUCAUCGGAACUGUGCGCUUUCUGUGGACCUUCGUCAUCAGCAUCAAGGCAAGCAGGACGCUCUUCAAGAGGAUUCUGUUUACUGUCAUGCACACCAAGCUCCGCUGGCUCGACACCGUUCCCGUCGGCCGGAUUCUCAACCGUCUCACCGCCGACUUUGACAUCGUCGAUAGCCGCAUCACCAUGAGCUUGGGCUUCAUGUUCUGGCGUAUUCUGGGACUUGUGGGUGUUUGCGUGGCGGGCAUCCUUGUGUCGGCAUAUAUCAUUCCUCUUGCAAUCGUCCUUCUGCUUUUUGCAGCCGUCGUUGGCAAGACCUACUUGGACGGCGCGCGUCCCAUCAAGCGCCUCGAAAGUACGGCCAAGUCGCCCGUCUUCGAACUGUUCAAUGCAUCACUUGCCGGAGUGUCCACGCUCAGGGCGUUCCAAAAGACUCACGUCUACGUCGACCGGAUGUAUAACUUGCUGGACAGCUGGGACAACCUUAGUGUGUACAACUGGGUCCUGAACCGAUGGCUUGGCUUCCGCAUGGCGCUCAUCGGGACUGCCUUCACUACUACCGUCGGAGCAAUCGUUGUAGGUUCGUCCUUCAUUGACGCUGCCAUGGCUGGCUUCACCAUGUCGUUCGCUUUGGACUUUUCAGGCAACAUGCUCAUGGCUGUCCGUGGUUAUGCAAACCUCGAACUGGACAUGAACGCAGCCGAACGCGUGAUAGAGUAUUGCGAGCUUGACACGGAGGAUUUGGAGGGCGAGGAAUCCCCUGCUGCGUGGCCAACUUCGGGCAGGAUGGAAGUGGAUGGCCUUGUUGCCGGUUACGCCCCGGAUCUUCCGCCUGUGCUGAAGGGCAUCUCGUUCAGCGUCAAGAACAACGAGAGGAUCGGUGUCAUUGGCCGCACCGGCGCCGGAAAGUCGUCCCUCACCUUGGCGCUUUUCCGAUUCCUCGACUCGCGGGCAGGCUCCGUCUUUAUUGACGGCAUCGACAUUUCCAAGAUCAAACUGAGCAGCCUGAGAUCGCGCCUUGCCAUCAUUCCUCAGGACCCUGUGCUGUUUUCUGGCACAAUCAGAAGCAACUUGGAUCCUUUCGACGAGCACACCGACGACGAACUGCGCGACUGCCUGUCCCGAGUUCACCUUGUUGACUCGCAGCCCGUGACACCUGCCAACGAGCCGUCGUCGGCCGCCAACUCCACGCCUGGGUCUACGCUCGCACCCAAGAACGUCAACAUCUUCCGCGACCUCCAGAGCGGCAUCUCCGAGUCCGGUGGCAACCUGUCGCAGGGCCAGCGCCAGCUGCUCUGCAUCGCCCGCGCCAUCAUCUCGCGCCCCAAGAUCAUGGUCCUCGACGAGGCCACGUCUGCCGUCGACAUGGCGACGGACACCCUCAUCCAGCGCAGCAUCCGCGAGGAGUUCACCGACAGCACGCUGCUCGUCAUCGCGCACCGCCUCAGCACGAUUGCCGACUUCGACCGCAUCCUGGUCCUCAGCGAGGGCACCGUCGCCGAGUUUGGCACGCCCCGCGAGCUGUGGGACAAGGGCGGCAUCUUCAGGGACAUGUGCGCGCACAGCGGAGAGGCAGAGAAGCUCAAGUCUGUUGUUCUAGGACAGUCGAACUGA